GCCACUUCAAGAUGACAGCCUACUAUCAAAUAUUAACACGAUACGUCACCCAGCCCCUUCCUGUCCUGGAAAAGGUCUGUUGACUAACCUAGUCAGCGAGGGUAAUCUUCGAGGGAUGUUACCUAUGCAAUCUCCAUGUCAUCUUAGCUUGUGGACUGAUUUAUUCUCUGACGACGCCAGCUUGCGACCAGCCGCCUAGUCUAGGUCGAAAUCUAGGACACCUAAAGAUGUGCAUUGCACGCCCACACUCCUUUCAAACCACGCACUCUCACUUGCACCCUCACCCACGCACUCAGCAGCCCCCGUCCACAGAGACAACCGAGACACCGACGCCCGCUCCGCCCAGAUCUCCGCCCUCGCCAUCAUCGUCAUCUGCCUCGUCGCAUGCGUCGUCACAACCCUCUCCGUCGGCUACCUCUUCUACGCCCGCCGCAAGGUCCAGAAAAAGCGGCGCUCCAUCCUCCGCCCGCUCUUCCUCCCUGGCAUCGCCGCCGCCCGAGCCAAGGCCGCACGCAAAUCGUCGGGAUCGCGCGGUACCUUGCGCGCCGCGCAAGGUUUCUCGUGGAUUCUGCCCGUAGCAAACCACGGUAAAGAGUGCAAGCAGCUGGCGCCUUCACUGUUCGCUACGACGCUUCGCGCGACUGAUCCAUGGUUCACGCGGAAGGACACGUUCAGGGAGUAUUCACACACAAACAGGCCGGGUCCACGCAGGCCAUCUGAGAGCGUGCGUGGCGAGCUGGGCCGGUAUCCGCGACUGUCCCGCUCGUUGUCGUCUCUUGGAAUGUCCAAGGCACACAAACCAUCGAUAGACUCCCAGACCCACUUCUCGGCGCAUCUGCCUGUACCCGCCCGCUCGAGAGUCAACCCCCACCGCGAACGGCUGACUCGGCUCGCGGUGCAAGCGGCAUACGCCCCCGAGAAUGGCAUGUACUUCGGCCCCGAAUGCUCGGAUGGCAACCUGCGCGGCCUGACCUACCUCGUGCCACCCUCGAUGGACCCCUCUCCCUCCGCCGAAAAACUCGCGCGUAGGACGGACAGGGGCUACAGUGGCUCUCGCGCUUCUCUAGGCCUUAGCAACACCGAGGAGAACGACGAAAAGCGCACCUCUUCAUGCUCUGGCGGCUUCCCGCAGUCCCGACCGAAUACGGCGAUGGGUCCAAUGUCCCCGAUCAUGGAGGUGUCCGAGGAAAAGACGAUGACGAGCCCUGCUAAUUCCAGAUCGCACCGCGUCUCGACCGUGCCAUCCGAGCACGGCCCCCGGCUGACGGCGCUGUUGGACGAGCUCAUGCGCGCGAACGUGCUCGCCGGCAGGUUGGGCUCGGAAACGCCCACCAAGGCUACCAGAAACUCCGUUGUGGAUAUUGUGGAUACUAUCGCGGACUACAACCCUUUUUCUGAUCCUGGUACUCCCGUUGGCUCUCCUCUGCGUGCUGCUGCUGCUGCUGCUGCUGCUGCUGCUGUUUCUCCGUGCUACGCCUCAUCUGUGCUCUCUCCUAGCCAUGGUCUGAGUCCUGCCGCUCGCGCAUCUAACCUGUCUCGUCGGAGGGCAAUGAGAACUUCUCAUGAACGGGGCGACUCGUCUUCCUUCUCGCUGCCUGAGGCUCGGAAGUCUGUCAUUACUCCGUCUCGAGAUCCUUCUGUCCGUCUGUCGCCUGUACCUGCCAACGAACAACCCCUUCCUUUGCCUCGCGGAUUCUCUCUCCCCCGCGGCUCGUCGCAUCUCUCGCUUUCGCCAUCGCCGUCUCGCCCUCGUGAACCUUUUCCGGAAAGUUCGUCACCUUCAAUCCCAAGGCCCGUCGGCGAGCUCAUAUCGGCGUUCUCUCUUACCUCCUACUCGCUCCUCCGAGAGCCCACGAACACCCUUCAAGUCAAAACCUCCAAUGACGCUAAGCCCGUACCACUAGGAAGACAACGCUCCCCCAGGACCAUCCCACCGCCCUGCUCGCCUCCGCGCGAACCGCCACCACGCAUUCCCUCUCUCGCGCCCGUCUCGCCCCGUAGCCGACGCAGCCGACGCAGACGCAGCAGCGGUAGUCCUUGCUCUAUGCCUCGUUAUAACGACAGCGGCGGCAGCCCCACGUCGCCCACGCCCUCGUCCACGCUCGCGCCCACCGGUACCUCGUUCGGCACACAUCUCCGCGAGAGCGACUCUCUCAUCCUCGCGCAGUCCGUCUCUGCCCUGCCUUCUACAGCGCUUCUCUCGUCAUCUACCUCUACUUCCGCGUCCGCAUCUGUAUCAGGGCCUCUCUCAGCGCUGGCAUUGGCACCCGCGCCCGCGCCCACCCCCGCCCUCGAAUUCGCCCUUCUCCUCCUGCCCUCUAACACCCUUCUGAGCCUCACCCUGCCCCUCACCGUCUCUCUGCACGACCUCCUGUCCGAGCUAUACGCCAGAACAAGCAGACACUACGCGCUGAGCACGGACCGCGCUGAUCCGCGCGGCUCGGCGCUGCGUACGGACGAGGACUUCAGGCUCUGGGUCGGGAUACAACGGUCGCAGUCCCAGUCUCUGUCGCGGUCGCGGGACACCAACAACAGCACGGUGAGAGUCGUCCCGCUCGUCGCGAGGGCGCGGCCGGGGAGCGAGUGGGUGGCUGCGAUGGUCUGACCUAUGCGUACGAGGGCUGGCGGUAUUACUCUUCAUCGGAUGAUGGUUGCUUCGAAUGUCUAUCUAUCUGCCUGUCUGCUUCUUUGCUCUAUAUCCGAUGCUAUCCGUGUACCUGUAUCUCUACGGCCGCUGUACCGCUCGCUCUUCUAACGUGUAUACUCGACACGAUACCCUUCGCUCACAAAACCACUGCCUUUCUUCAAUGAUAACAUCACAUCGUGUAUGGCUCACCUCGUGAACUCUGUGGCUAAUCUGUGGUACUGAUACAACACUAUCGUAUGAAUGACAAACCUAAGGCUAUAGAAAUGUAAACACUCCAAGAAAAUGACCGUAACCCCCAUCGAGCUGGCGACCUGCGGCGCCUACGUCUACACCCCCCUAAGACGCAACUGCAUACUGCUUCCGGUCCCCAAUAAC